AUGGCGACGCAACCCGCCAUUACGCCGAAGCAAUUCAAGCAUAGAAGGCGCCCGCCGGCGGACGAACGCACGCUAAAGUGGCGCGACGUGGCGGAAGGCGACGUGCUGCUCGCGACGCUCCUCGGCGUCGUAAAAGAAUGCCGCGUGACCGCUAUCACCGCGCAGGACGUCAAUUGGGGGAUUUACGUCACGUGGAAGAAAAAGACCCCGGGCGGACUUGACCCGGAAAAGCUGACAAUGUUGGACAGCUGGCACGUGGUCGAACCUAACCCGGACGGCACCAACCCUUUAUACGCCGUCGGCUUUCGACCGGCUGCCUUUGUUACACACAGUGGUUUCUUUUCAGGAAUUAAUCCGAAACUGGGUUACAUUAUCGGAGAGCUACACGCAGCUAACGCACUAGGAGUCACAACACCUGAAACUCGCGAUGAUCUGCAAGAUCGUUUGAAAAAAUCACUUGCCGACCUAGGCGUGCCGAUGGUCGAGCCAGCACCUGCUCCUGCUCUUGAACCUGUGCCAGAGCCCGAAGCUGCUCCUGCACCCGGGCCUGCACCGGAACCAGCAUCUGCUCCUCCUCCCGAACCUGAGCCAGAGCCCGAACCUGCUCCUGCACCCGAGCCGGCUCCGGCUCCGAGGCCCGAGCAACUGCUGAAUCCGAGAGACAGUUUUCAUCUUUAUUCGCAAAAGCAGCGCCAGUCCGCUAACUUUAUGAUCAUGGAGAACCAAGAUGAACCUCAAGAAGCCAACGAAUUAUAUGAAUUCCUUUUCAACAACUACGACAGGAAAUCAGCAAAACACGAGAUGAUGAUGAUAAUGAUGAAGCACCUCGCAGGUGCGGGCUUGAAUGAAUUCGACAUGAAAUAUUUUAAACCGACCGACUGGGCUGCGGAGCUCAAAGAUGCACCUCUACGAACUUUUCUUCCAAUUCUUCGUGCCUCGCAGGCAAACGACGAUGGCGGCAUGUGGAGUCGACUGGAAACGCUGCUAGUUCAGACCUACGGUCCGCGUGACUGGGAAAGCUUUCUAGCAUCAGCCGAUGCAGCCGAUGCACCCGCAGCAGAUGCGCCCGCAGCAGAUGAUGAACCCGCAGCAGAUGAUGAACCCGCAGCAGAUGAUGAACCCGCAGCAGAUGAUGAACCCGAAGGACGUGCACCCGGAGCAGAUGCACCCGGAGCAGAUGCACCCGGAGCAGAUGCACACGGAGCAGCAGCAGCAGCAGCAGCAGCAGCAGCAGCAGCGGCUGCAGCAACAGCAGCAGCAGCAGAUGAUGAUGCACCAGCAGAAGCAGGGUACGCGGAUGCGGGCGCAAUUGUCGAGCAUGGGGAUUCAUUUGACAAGUUUAGCGUGGAUGGUAGCUUGGAUUUCGUCGACGAUGUGGAUGACAUGGAUGAUCAACCAAGACCGCCAGAAGAACUCAUCCCAAUAGAAGACUCUUUUUGUUCUCCGGCACUAAUUGAGUCUGCUAUUAAGAUGAUUUCGGCUGACGGUGCGACUACUGGCCAAAGCAGCGCAAUCGCUCCAGCUUUACCUGCUGACUUCAUAAAAGACCUGAAGGACGAGUUUUCAUGCGUGCACCAGGAGGCGGAGGACCUAAAAAUAGGUUUCGGAGGCAUGGGACGCUGCGUACAACUCAACACGAAUUGCAUUAAUUCGUACGCAGGGGACUCCACUAAGCUGACACUCCAGGUCAUGGAUGGCUGGUUCAAUAAAAAUGCUUCUGCGUGUAAUGCGCACGGCCGGCGCUUGCGAUGCGCACAGGGCGAUAUCCAUCAGUUUCGGGUCUUGGGCGCAUGCGUAAUCUUGUUCGUACUGGUAGAUGAAGAAGGGCUCAUAUUUGACAGUAAAAUGAGAGCCGUCUAUGCCAUGGAUACUACUCGCGGACCUCCUCCAGCUCAAUCGCAACCUGCCCAUGAAACCGCAGCAAAUGCAGCCGCAGCAACCGCAGCAAAUGCAGCCGCAGUACCCGCAGCAAACAGCGUAGCAGCACAGAUAGCAACCCUAGGAACUCUCCUGUUGAAUGGGGACAUCACUCAAGCUGACUUCGCGCAACUCAAGGCGUCACUAUUGCCGCCCCCGUCUCAUGGAAGACGUGGUCUCCAGUCCGGCCCCCUUGUUCCAUAUUUAAAAAAAAAAAAAAAGGAAAAUUACUUUCCUCAUUAUGUUGCAGAAGCUCUUUUUGCACUGGCAGCACCAGCACCAGCUCCAGCUGCACUGAUGCUAUCAGCUGCAGCACAUGCAACCGCAGCAAAUGAAACCGCAGCAAAUGCAGCCGCAGCAACCGCAGCAAAUGCAGCCGCAGCACCCGCAGCAAACAGCGUAGCAGCACAGAUAGCAACCCUAGGAACUCUCCUGUUGAAUGGGGACAUCACUCAAGCUGACUUCGCGCAACUCAAGGCGUCACUAUUGCCGCCCCCUAUCGGAAUCUACGCUAGUUGCAUACUACCCCGAGAGUCGUCUAUAGCGAGCAGGUCCUUGUAUGCCGCUCGUGCGACUACUGGCCAAAGCAGCGCAAUCGCUCCAGCUUUACCUGCUGACUUCAUAAAAGACCUGAAGGACGAGUUUUCAUGCGUGCACCAGGAGGCGGAGGACCUAAAAAUAGGUUUCGGAGGCAUGGGACGCUGCGUACAACUCAACACGAAUUGCAUUAAUUCGUACGCAGGGGACUCCACUAAGCUGACACUCCAGGUCAUGGAUGGCUGGUUCAAUAAAAAUGCUUCUGCGUGUAAUGCGCACGGCCGGCGCUUGCGAUGCGCACAGGGCGAUAUCCAUCAGUUUCGGGUCUUGGGCGCAUGCGUAAUCUUGUUCGUACUGGUAGAUGAAGAAGGGCUCAUAUUUGACAGUAAAAUGAGAGCCGUCUAUGCCAUGAAGAGUAAAAGCAAUGCGAAACAAAUUAAAGCAAAACGAGAUGCGUUGGGAGAAGCACGAUACGCCUCUUUCAUAUCUACAUACUCUAACGAAAUGGAAUGCAAAUUACCAGGUGAACACAAGAGCAAACUCAAGCAAGCGGAAGAGGUGAACGACCUCAUGUUAUUAGAACGUCGACCCCGGCCGAGGAUGUGCCGACAAGAAUAUAAAGAGCCACAGGAGGAAUUUAGAAGAUUUUGGGAGACAGGAGGUGGAAAAGCAGCACAAGCGAAGAGUUUGCCGGCACAACCAAAGCAGCAGCGCAAGCGAAGAGCUAGAGCUGCCAGUGCAAAGGAGCCCAAGGAGAAGAAGCCGAAGGAGGAGGACCACGAGAAGCUCGAGCGGCAAAAAGAAUACCAACAGCGAACAAGGCAGAUCCAAGAACUCCAACAACAACUCCAACAAACAAAUCAAGCAGUACUUUCUUUUCAACAGCCUCGAGAACCACAGGCGAACAGUUUCAACAAACAAUCGUUCGAGGAAGGCGCUAAGCAAGCUAAAGAAUCACUCGAAUGGGGGAUAUCGCAAGCAACAGCAAUGAACAAAGAAGCGGCCGCUCUAAACGCAGAAAGAGCGAAAUUACAGCACCAGCAUUACUUGGAUACUACUCGCGGACCUCCUCCAGCUCAAUCGCAAGGCCAGAGUCAAUCGCAAGGCCAGAAUCCGACCAUGUUUGCACCUCCACAAACACCGCAGGCUCUUUUGCACGCACCAGCUGAAGCUGCACUGCUGCUAGCAGCUGCAGCACAUGCCCAGCAUUACAUGGAUACUACUCGCGGACCUCCUCCAGCUCAAUCGCAAGGCCAGAAUCAAUCGCAAGGCCAGAAUCCGACCAUGUUUGCACCUCCACAAACACCUCAGGCUCUUCAGGCUCUUUUUGCACUGGCAGCACCAGCACCAGCUCCAGCUGCACUGAUGCUAUCACCUGCAGCACAUGCAACCGCAGCAAAUGAAACCGCAGCAAAUGCAGCCGCAGCAACCGCAGCAAAUGCAGCCGCAGCACCCGCAGCAAACAGCGUAGCAGCACAGAUAGCAACCCUAGGAACUCUCCUGUUGAAUGGGGACAUCACUCAAGCUGACUUCGCGCAACUCAAGGCGUCACUAUUGCCGCCCCCGCGUCCCAAAAAGCAUGCAUUUGCAGAGGGCAGUUUUCUUAAGCCCAAAAAUAGAAUGAAACACAUCCUUGCAAAUGGGCUGCUUUGGGCCAUAGCCCGCAGGUAUUUCCAUGAUCACCUUGCAAAGCGGGUUCGCCUGCCAUGCGGCGAUCAUCAGCAAACUUAUCCACAUCAAUGUCUCGUUGCCAAACUCAAUCUUUCGCGCUUGCUCCUCCGCGAAAUCCCCAUAUUUUUCAGGAGCAUCGAACCCACAAGGUGGAAGAGGCGUACUCCUUUUUUUGGUCCCAUUAUUACUGCAGCAGAUGGAGGCUUCUCGCACGCGCAGCUGCUUCAUUAUACGCACAAGACGUUCCGUAGCUUCGGCCAUGUCUCGAUGCCCGCGGGGCCCCGAACGCCCCGGGCGGGCCGAGCUAGCACAGCGGGUGGGUCACGAAGCCCACCGGAGGUCCUCGGGCAGCGAUUCCACGCUAAACGCCCACCAUCGUCUAAGCCGCCCUAG